UCCUCAUCCCCAGCCGGGCUGUGCCUCUGAAGGUACUUGGGCUGCAUUAGCAGGACAGAUCCAGGACCCAGUCCUGCCCUUAUUCCUUACCUGGCGGGAUCACACGGCUGACUAAAGUGACAGAAUGUUGGACCUGGACACAUCAUUUGUAAGGCACUAAAGCGAGAUGAGAAUCCAGCCCUGCACAGCAGCGAGCGCUGCACGGUUCCAUCAGCAAAGGAAGCAGCCCCGGCCGGGGCCGCGUCCUGGGGCCCCGAGCUGGCGGGACGCGCCCCGACGGCUGCCGGGCACCGCGAAGCCCGCCCGCGGAGCCCUGCCAAGGGGAGCGGGUGCCAAACCUGAAUUACCGGACCAGAGAGUGGCUGUGGAUCCCGGGAGCUCCUGUGAUUUGCGGCAGGUUUUUCAGGUCCCCGCCUGUCAAACACACACGCAGAUACUUAAGCAGUCACCCAGGGACCUGCGGGGUUCUUGUUUUACACAAUUCCGUUGCCUGACAGCUCCAGUGCCUGGCCCCAUAGACCUACCCCAGGAGGAGAUGGCCAUGGAAAAGCCAGUGAUUCCCACUGAGGAGCAACUGGAGAUCCUGGAGUACCACUUCUGCAAGGUGAAUAAGCAUCCUGACCCCACCACACUGUGCCUCAUCGCUGCUGAGACUGGGCUCUCUGAGGAGCAGACUCUGAAAUGGUUCAAGCAACGCCUGGCAGAGUGGAGAAAGUCUGAAGGGCUGCCCUCAGAAAGCGGGUCCGUCAGGGACUAGAGGAUGCUGCUCCAAUCCCCUUGCCUCUCAUAAACCAUGGUGAAGCUCUUCAGAGUGGGUUUCCUUAGGAUUCUUCUGUUGCAAUAGGUUUUGUGAUACAAAGUAAUACUCUGCUAUUUAACAUAAAUUUUAUUUAAUGUGUACAUAACCAGAAAAAAACACACAUAGGCAUAUGUGUGUAUACAACUUUUGAAGGCUGAUAACCUGUCUAGUGAUUCCAACUCAUUAACAGCAGCUGCAUAAGUAAAGCCCUUGUCCCAGGCUUGCAGAAAAUUUGCCAUGAUAUAUGUUCAAAUAUAGAAUGAAGAAAUAAAGAUUCCUUUUCCUUACAA